GCGGCAGCGGCGGCUGCGCGACAGGCGGCCGUACCUCCUCGAGGUGGUCUGGGGCCAGGAGGCGCUGAAGCGUACGGGCUCGAGGCGAGGAUGGCAGGAGCUGCCCACAGGGCGGGCUGGUUGGGAUUACCGUUUGGCGCUGAAGGGAUCAUGGGGGGCCUGAUUGGCGGAGGGUUAGGCCUUGGUAUGAUGAUGCCCGGUAUGUUUGGGAUGGGAUACCGUGGCGGUCAACAAGGACCGAGCAUCGAGGACAUGUGGAAGGGCGUCAACUACGCCGGGCAUCGCGAUCAGCCUCGAUCCGGUUAUGCAUUCGACUUUGAUCGGGAGAACAACGAGGCUGGAGCCGGACCGUCCGAUAUUAUCCGUCUGGACCAUGAUGAGGACAGUCCGUGGACUCAGGGUCUCGACCAGGACGCCGAGAGGAAAUACCACAAGUCUCACCUCGUAUGUGCCGCGUGCAAAGCACCGCUCAGGGUCAGCGAAGGGAUGAGGAAUGAAGACGACAGAGUGUUUGCACUGAGAUGUGGGCAUGUGGUGGAUUCCAAAUGCUUCGAAAAGAUCUCGAAACCGCCGAUAGACAUCAUUCCGGACGAAGUGCUUGGAGAAGAUCACCCUGGGAAGACGAAUGGGCAUGACGCAGCGUCGAUAACCGGAGAGGGUGAAGAGUCGAUCACGGCGACCGGAUCGAAACGGAAAAGUAAAGCCGCUGCUUCCUCUGCCGCACCUGCAGCGAAAAAGGCCACCAGAGGACGAUCUGCCAAGGCCGCGCCGGAAGAAUACACGUGGUCUUGUCCAGUAGGAGAUCGGUGUGGCGCAACGUACAAGAGUCUGAAACGGGGCGGGAUCUGGAUGCCCGAUCCGAUGGCGGCCACCCAACUGUUUGUUUGAGCGAUGAUUAGUUGAUGUCAGUACGAAACUUUGACGAUCUUGUUGAUGAUAUAAUGCCAGUCGUGGUCAAUCAUCCUGGGUAAUACAUAUAGUUGGAGGA